AUGGGUAAUAAUAAGGUAUUUGCCGUUACUGUUUUCUUCAUCUGUUUCAGAGAAUGUCUGGAGACUACGGUGGUUGUAUCCGUUCUGCUGGCUUUCUUGAGACAGACUCUGGGAGAAAGAGAAGAAACCAAAGAUGUCUAUAAAAAGCUGGUCAAGCAAGUAUGGUGGGGAUGUGGGUUGGGAUUGGCUAUCUGUUUGGCUGUGGGAGCUGGCAUGAUCGGUGCCUUCUAUGGCCUGGGCACAGAUACCUUCUCUAGCACAGAAGACAUCUGGGAGGGUGUUUUAGGAAUUAUUGCCUCCUUGAUCAUUACAGUGAUGGGUGCUGCCCUUCUUCGUGUCUCAAAGCUACAGGAAAAGUGGCGGCUAAAGCUGGCCAAGGCACUUGCGACAGAGCACGACCCCGAUGAGAGUCGCAAGGCUAAAUUGAAGCGAUGGAUGGAGAAGUAUGUCAUGUUCUUCCUUCCGUUCAUCACUGUUCUUCGCGAGGGCUUGGAAGCUGUUGUCUAUGUUGGAGGUGUUGGCUUAGGUCUUCCUGCCUCGUCCUUCCCCCUCGCUGUAGUCUGUGGUCUGUUUGCUGGAUUCGUCGUUGGAUUUAUUAUCUAUAAAGGUGGACGAGAGUCAUCUAUGCAGAUCUUCUUGAUCAUCUCAACUUGCUUCCUUUACCUUGUUGCCGGUGGUUUGUUCUCUCGUGGUAUCUGGUACUUUGAAAACAAUGCCUGGAACAAGAUAAUAGGAGGUGAUGCAUCUGAGACUGGCUCUGGUCCAGGAUCUUACGACAUCUCAAAGAGCGUCUGGCACGUCAACUGCUGCAACCCUGAAAUCGGUGGUGGUGGUGGUUGGGGUAUCUUCAACGCCUUGUUCGGUUGGACCAACUCGGCCGACUACGGUUCAGUGAUUGGAUACAAUAUGUACUGGAUCAGUGUCAUGGUCGGCUACUCCCUGAUGAUUUUCCGUGAGCGACGAGGCGAGAUUCCAUACAUCGACCCUGCCAUGCAUCAAGUGAAGUGUGUCAAGGCCCGAACCAGAGCCUUUAUCUUCCGUCAGACCUACGAAGAGCCUGAGCGUACUUACGGCAAAUACCGAUUUGCCCAACCGGAAGUACCAGUCAUGAAAAACAUGUCAGAGUCGGAGAAGACCGGCUAUCUGGCCUCUACUCUUGUUCAGCGAUCUGAAUCUUAG